AUGGCAAAGAAGGGACGCACCAAGGGCGAGAAGCCCGAAGCGCUCAUCUCUGCUUUACAGGCAGCUAACGAAGAUCUCAGGUCCAAACUGACUGACAUUCAAAUAGAACUUCAUCAAGAGAAAUGCAAGGUGAGUAAGUUGGAGCGUGAGAAGGUGCAGGAGUGCAAGCGCAUCCGGGAGCAGGAGCAGCACCGGCACACGGCCACGCUGACAGAGCAGCGAGCCAAAUGGCACGAGGAGAAGCAGAAGGAGCUCCAGGCGCUCAGAGAGAACUUGGUCCGCCAGCACGAGCAGGAGCAGGCCCGCACCGCCAAGAUCAAGGACCAGGAGAACCAGCGGCUCAAGGCGGCGCUGAGUGCCAUGCGGGACGGCAGCGGAGAGAAGGUGCGCACAGCAUUGACCCUGGAGGCCAAAGAGGAGGCGCGCCGCUUCUUCGACGUGGAGAGGGUCAAGCUGCUGCAGGAGAUCUCCGAGCUCAAGCAGACCAAGAAGCAGACAGACGAGGCGCUCAGCACCAUGAUCCAAGCAGAUAAGAUGAAGGCUGGGGACCUGCGCUCCGAGCACCAGAUUCACCAAGAGCAGAUUUCCAAGAUCAAGUGGGACAGCGAGAGGGACAUCCGCAGACUGGUGGAUGAGAUCAAGUCUAAAGAGCGCACCAUCUUCUCUCUGGAGAAGGAGUUUGAGAAUGCCAUUGGCUUGCUGCAGAAGCUGCAGAUGCAGAAGGAUGCCCUGGACGACCAGCUGUUCCUGGUCAAGGAGGCAGAGUGUAACCUGGGCAGCCCCAAGAGAGAGAUCCCCGGACGGGCUGGGGACGGGGCAGAACACUGUGGCAGCCCGGACAUGCGCAGGAACCAGAGGCGCAUGGCUGACCUCAACUCCACCAUCCGCAAGCUGGAGGACCGCAACUCACUGCUGGUGGAUGAGAGGAAUGAACUGCUGAAACGUGUGCGGGAGUCUGAGAAGCAGUGCAAGCCCAUGCUGGAAAAGAACAAGGUGCUGAAUAAGAGGAAUGAUGACCUCAGCCAGACCCUGCAGCGCAUGGAAGAGAAACUCAAAGGCCUGGCCAAGGAGAACCUGGAGAUGAAGGAGAAGAUCAGCUCCCACCUGCCACUGAAGAAAGCCAACUGUAAGUCUCUGAAUGAUCUGGACCAGGCGCAUGAUGACCAGGAGAUUGAGUUCCUCAAGCUGCAGGUGCUGGAGCAACAAAGCAUGAUCGACGAGCUGACAAGAGAUAGGGAAAAACUAUUGCGGAAGAAGAGGCAUAAACGAAGCAACAGACCAAUAAAGAGACACAUUGUAGUGGACACCUUCUUUGGAUACGAUGAGGAAUCCAUGGACUCAGAGACGUCCUCUGUGGCUUCGUUUCGCAUGGACCGCACUCCAGCCACUCCUGAUGAAGACCUGGAUGAGGGACUGGUCAAUGAGGAGUCGGAGCUGCGCUUCAGGCAGCUGACCAGAGAGUACCAGGCCUUACAGAGGGCAUACGCCCUGCUGCAGGAACAUCAAGGGGGCCUUCUGGAUGCUGAGAUAGAAGCUAAGGCUCAGGAGCAGCUACAUGCAGACAUUCUCAGGUACAAGGCCAAGAUAGAAGACCUGGAGAAGGAGCUCGCCCACAAAGGACAGGACUCCAAGUGGGUAGAGGAGAAACAGCUGUUCUUCAGGAGGAAUCAGGAGCUGCUGGAAAAGGUGGAGAAGUUAGAUGCAAAAUGUGGUCGACAGCAACAGGAGCUGCAAGACUCCAAGGACCAGAAUGAGCUCCUGGAAUUCAGAAUACUGGAACUAGAGGAGCGUGAGCGAAAGUCCCCUCCGUUUAAUCAUCUCCGCAUGCAUCCGUUCUCCGAGGGUGUCAGCGCCCUACAGAUCUACUGUAUGAAGGAAGGAGUGAAGGAUGUCUGUGUACCUGACCUGAUCAAGCUCCUAGACAUUCUGGGUGAUAAUGGGAACUUGCGAAAUGAGGAGCAAGUGGCCAUUAUUCAAGCUAGCACUGUCCUAUCUCUUGCUGAAAAGUGGAUACAACAGAUUGAGGGAACAGAGGCAGCGCUGCAUCAGAAGAUGAUUGACCUGGAGCUAGAGAUGGAGAUGUUCUGCAAGCAGAAAGGCUAUCUGGAGGAGGAGCUGGACUACAGGAAGUCAGCCCUGGAUCAGGCCUACACGCAAAUCCAGGAGCUGGAGGCUACUCUCUACAACGCGCUGCAGCAGGACAAGGUGAUCGGGUACGGCGAGCCUCUGAGUGACAUGCAGAAGGACGAGCUACGUACGUCCGUGGAGAAGCUACGCAGACAGAUGCUGAGGAAGAGCAGAGAGUUUGACUGUCAGGUUCUGGCUGAGAGGAUGGAGCUGCUCCACCAGGCCCAUCAGAGAAUCCGAGACCUGGAGGAUAAGACAGACAUUCAGAGGAGACAAAUUAAGGAUCUAGAGGAGAAGACAGCGUGGAAACCUGGAGAUUGUGUUUGUGACUGCAGUGGGUUUUAUUUUGGGGAGAAGAGAGUCGACUUUGUGACUCAUAUUGUAACAGUGAGUGGAUAUGGAACUGUUGUGUGUCGGACAUGGCUGGGAAUUCACACCUGUUUGAUUUGGGACCUCACUCUGGGGAUAUACAUAAUGUAUGCUGCACUGGACUGAACCUUGGACCAUGGAACUUCUCUCAACUCAGUGGGAUAACUGGAACAGAACCCUCAGUCGGAAAACACGCACACACACACACACACGUGUAAACAGUCAUAUACACUGUACACACUGAUACAAACAUACUGGAAACACACACGCAUGCACACACAUCAACCCACUUUUUAAGACAUAAAGGAAACCAAAGUCUAGGAGAUCUUAUCUCUGCCAUGCAGGGGAACGCUACACCAUCCAUCUACUCCAAGACUACACCCUGACUACAUACCGGCUACCCCCAGACUACCCCCAAAGUACCCCCCCAGAGUACCCCCCGACUAGCCCCAGACUACCCCCAGACUACACACAGAAGAGGACAGGAAAGACUGCUGUAGGCUACAUCAACAGGCCUCACCAGACCACAGUCCUUCCAACUCUCUCCCUCUCUCUCUUAUAAACCUGAUCGGACGCUCUUAUGUGUGAAUGCACCCCUUCACAGGAGUGACGA